GGUGGUUGAUCAAUAAUAUGAUGUUGAAGACGUGUACAUAUACCUGGACAUCCUCUUAAUCUUCUUUCUACCAUAAUUCGAAACACCGUCAUCCAACAUGGCCUCAGCAACACAAACCAUCACAAGUGCGAAGAACAAUUACCAAGUCACGUAUAAAAAUGAGAGAUAUCCUUCCGAUGCAGAUCUCAAACGUGCUAACAGGCUCAUUCCACAUGUUCUCGAGGAAGAGGCACGUGAAAAUCCUCAAAGAAUCGUGGCAAUGAUUGCCAAGACAACUGACAUAUCCGAGGGAUUCCACGAAGUCAACGCUGGACAGUUUUUGUGUGGUGUGGACUUCCUAGCUAAUUGGAUCGACGCCAUUAAGUCUGAAUUUUCAUCGACCGAGACAUUCGCGUUUCUUGGGUCUCAGGACUUUCGCUAUCCGAUCAUUGAGAUUGCUUGUAUGAAAACUGGAAACCCUCUGCUUUUACCAAGGGUUGGAAAUGCAUUAGGAAACACGGUUUCAUUGCUCAAGGCAACCAAAAGCACAAAAGUUUUCUACACAUCGCAAUAUUCAGAUCUUGCUGCACGAAUUUUGGAGGUGCUCCCAACUCUGGAAAAGCACGAAAUACCGACGCUACAGGAGAUAAUAACCACAAAAAGCAAGCCGUACCUUUACUUGAAGAAUUGGGAUACACAUAAAGAUGAGCUUGCAUUGAUUAUUCAUACAUCGGGUUCCACAGGUGCACCAAAGCCAAAGAAUUGCAGCUAUGAAUACCUCAGUGGUUUCAUCAACAGCAGUGUAUUGUUACCUGAAGUACCUGGAAGAACGAUUGCAGGCUUCAAGUUUGUAGAAAAAGACAAACUACUCUUGAGUGGGUGUAGCUUCUCUCAUGCAUCUGGGCUCGGCCUGGCGUUCUCAACGAUCUUCUUAGGUUCGACCUUGGUUCGUGGCCCACCAAAUGAACCAUCUAGUGGGAGGAUACUUCAUGAAAUCAUGAAAGCUCUUCCAAUUCAUGGACUAAUGGAGGUUCCAAGCAUUACGGAGCAAUUAUUCUUGAAUCAUAGCAAGGGCCUCGAAGACGAAAUCGCUGCUUUGAAACAUAUUUCCUGGCUCGGAGGUCCACUAUCACAGAAAACAGGUGACUUCAUUGUCCGCAGUACUGACGCAGUACUGUGGCAAAUCUUCGGGUCGACUGAAUCUACCCAGUUGCCACUUCUUGUACCACCCAAAUCACAUUGGUCACAUCUCGAAUUCCACCCCCAAUUUCUACCGGAACUAGAGCCAGUGAACUCUGAUUCUACGCUCUGCGAAAUAAUUUUGAACAAAUACAAUGAUCUAGCUCUUGCUUGGGCUCAGCCUGUUUUUCAUAUGGCACCUGAUCAGACUCAGUGGAGGACCAGGGAUAUUGUGCGCCGUUGCGAAGAUUCACUUGCCAAUGGAAUUGGUACACUAUGGAAAUUUGAAAGCCGAAUCGAUGAUCUUCUUAUCCUUUCCAAUGCGUCCAAAGUCAAUCCUGUGUACAUUGAGACUUUCCUCCAAUCACACCCGCUAUUGAACGGCUGUCUUGUCUUUGGAGCGGGUAGAACUCGUUGUGGGAUCUUAUUAGAACCGAAAGAAGAUUCGACAUUGACGGAGGAAGAUUUGGUAGAAAAAUUAUGGCCGGACGUGCAACAAGCUAAUGAUACGGUACCAGAACACGCUCGAGUUGAGCGCCAUCUGGUUCUCGUGGCGAAGAAGGACAAGAGGUUUGAGAGGGCUGCUAAGGGAACUUUUAUUCGAUCCAUUUGUACAAAAAUGUACGAAGCUGAGAUUGAUAGUGUGUACGCAGCGUUCGAGGCAAGGAAAUCCGGGUGCAACAAACCAGUUCUCAAGUUGCAAAUUUAGAUCACUUUGGUUCUCUCUCUUUAUUUGCAGUCAGCUUUAGGAAAUCGGAAUGCAUUUUUGAUUAUUGAUAUCAUAUAACACAUACAAACAGUAACUAUCCUAUGCACGACAUUUUUUUAUUCAGUUCAUUAAUGUAAAUGACAAUAGUUUGUUUACA